AUGGUUCGAGAAGGUAUAGUUCUAGGCCACAAGAUUUCAGCCCAAGGGAUUGAGGUAGAUAGGGCAAAAAUAGAAGUAGUUGAAAAGUUGUCACCACCAUCAAAUGUAAAAGAAAUUAGAAGCUUUCUAGGGCAUGCAGGUUUUUACAGGAGGUUUAUCAAGGACUUCUCAAAUAUUGCAAGGCCAUCAAGUAAUUUGUUGAAUAAAGAUGUGAUUUUUAAUUUUGACGAUGAUUGUUCUGCAGCAUUCCAGACCCUAAAGACCAAGCUCACAACAGCACCAGUAAUGAUUGCACCAGACUGGAGUAAAGAAUUUGAGUUGAUGUGUGAUGCCAGUGACUAUGCAAUGGGUGCAGUUCUAGGACAAAGGGAAAACAAGGUAUUUCACGCCAUUUAUUAUGCUAGCAAAGUCCUCAAUGAAGCACAAGUUAAUUAUGCCACUACAGAGAAGGAGAUGUUAGCCAUUGUCUUCGCCUUAGAGAAAUUCAGGUCCUAUCUGGUAGGUUCAAAGGUAAUAAUUUUUACUGAUCAUGCUGCUAUUAAACAUCUUCUCACCAAAGCAAAUUCCAAACCAAGGUUAAUUAGAUGGGUACUGCUUCUACAAGAAUUUGACAUUGUCAUCAAAGACAAGAAAGGAUCCGAGAACGUGGUAGCUGAUCACCUGUCCCGAUUAAAGAAUGAAGAAAUAACCAAGGAAGAACCGGAGGUAAAAGGAGAAUUUCCUGAUGAGUUUCUUUUGCAGGUUGCCACAAGACCCUGGUUUGCUGAUAUGUAUAAUUACAAAGCCACGGGGAUCAUUCCAGAAGAAUUCAAUUGGAGUCAGCGGAAGAAAUUCUUGCACGAUGCUCGCUUCUAUGUGUGGGAUGACCCGCAUCUGUUCAAAACAGGAGCUGAUAAUCUGCUAAGGAGAUGUGUUACAAUGGAUGAAGCAGAAAGCAUUCUUUGGCAUUGCCACAGUUCGCCUUAUGGCGGUCACCACAGUGGAGACAAGACGGCAGCAAAAAGAACAGGAGGAAUUUCUAGAAGAAAUGAGAUGCCGCUGCAGAAUAUCAUGGAGGUGGAAGCCAUAGCCACUCCGAAGGAUGAUGCCAGGACUGUGGCAUCAUCAAGAAAGGAUUGGGCUUUGAAGCUAGACGAUACUCUUUGGGCCUACAGGACAGCAUUCAAGACCCCCAUCGGAUUAUCUCCAUUCCAACUAGUAUAUGGGAAGGCAUGCCACUUACCAGUAGAGUUGGAGCAUAAGGCCUAUUGGGCUCUCAAAUUGCUCAACUUCGAUGAAGUCGCAUCUAGAGAAAGAAGGAAAUUACAGUUGUUGGAGUUAGAAGAAAUGGGAUUGAACGCCUAUGAGUCCUCGAGAAUUUAUAAGCAAAAGAUUAAGGCGUAUCAUGACAAGAAAUUGCAGAGACAAGACUUCCAGCCAGGCCAACAAGUUUUACUCUUUAACUCCAAGCUUAGAUUAUUCCCAGGAAAGCUGAAAUCAAAGUGGUCAGGGCCAUUUGUGAUUAAAGAAGUGAGACCUCAUGGAGCAGUAGAAUUGAUGGACCCUACAGGAGACAACCGUGAGAGGAGAUGGAUCGUCAAUGGACAACGUUUGAAGAUCUAUAAUGGCGGACAAUUGGAUAGGUUGACAAGCGUUGACUACCUGAAGGACCCCUGA